CUUUUUUUUUUUGGCAGGAGCUACUAUUUAUGCUAUUCGAAAUUCGUCGGCUUAUUUAUUUAUCUCCCUAUUCCCCUUAUUUUUUGCGAUUUUGGCAGUGCAAGUAACGCUAGCGAGAUAUCGCAAUCACUUUCUGCAACACGAAAUCAAGGAUGUGAUGAAGCCGACCUCCAUAAACAGCUUGCAGACUACGGAGUGGACGCAUCAUAUGGAGAAACGGAAUAUUUGCAAGUGUAUGCCGCUCUGCUGCAAUUCGACCUCGACGCACCUGGCGGAUCGUGCUGAACUGGCCUACGGCUGGUUUGCACUGCCCAAAUUGCUCAAAGAACUGGAUAGUGAUGUUAGGCUGACCCAUUGGAAGGCAGUCGUAUCGUUGUCGGAAUUCGUUCUAAAUCCACUGAAUGCCCAAAGAGCUAUCAUUGAAAUGGACCUUGUUAGAAAGUUGAAGAAUGCCUUUAUGCGUAUGAGAUUGAAGCAUCACAAGGAGGAGCACCGGGAGGUGGAGAUGUAUCUAAGGAUUUAUAAUAUACUAUCCCGCAAUUUGGAUGGAGCCGAAAAUAUAGCCAACCGCAAGUGCUUAAGGGUGGAGUUUUAUAAAAUCAUUAAGAACCAAGAGCCUAUUAAGGAUGAAUUGGCUUCAGAGAUAUUGCGAAAUUUGACAUGCAAGCCAAAAGUUCUGGGUAUAUUCCUGGAGGAUCCUGAAAACUUUUCCGCCUUAGCCGAGAUCUUCAGACAGGAUCCAUGCCGUCCGCAAUUCCCGUUGCAUUUGUGGCAUCACCUGUGUGACAUGCUGGAAGUGGCACCCGAUCGGGGCAUCGAGCUGGGCCUCUUCGAGCUGCUGCACUCGAGGAUCCUAAACCGCUUGUCCAACUUCUGGGACAUGAACACCAAGGCAUUUGCGCUGCUACUCUGCUGUGCUGAGGGUCAGCGGCGUUUCGAUGCCGUGGAUGGUGUAAAGCUGCUUUACGACGUCUUUGCCCAGCCCGAUGAGAAUCCGCGAAUGUUGCUGCCUCGCCAGAAGGUGGAGAACUGGGAAUAUACGGCUUUGGCCCUGCUCAAUGGGCUCCAUAGCAAGCGGGCAUUGUGGCGCAGCAGGGAGUUCACCCAACUGCCGUGUUAUGUGGGUCGUCUCAUGACUUCGACGACGGAUAAUCCCCGCCUGCAAAUUUAUUGCCUUAAAGUGUUUCGGGAGUUGGGUGUAAUGCCGUGCAUUAAGCGCUACAUCAUUGGCAACUGGCUGCAGGACAUCUGCAAGUUGUUCUGCCUGGAUGCUGAUGCGGAAUGCGCCCGUGAUGCUUUGGUCGAUUGGUUGCGUCGGGAUAUUGCCGAUAGUAGUUAAAUCUCACGGUUGUAGUUAUAUUCAUUUGAACCGUAUUGUUUGUUACAUGGAAAACAUCGCUUUUCCCCACUUUCAACCGCUCAGAUAAAUCCAAACCGUUUCAAAAGCACCCCUGCUGAUGUCCCAAAGAGAAAACGGUUAAAAGAGGGGCAGAAAUGGCAAAGAGAGGGAGAGAGAGAGCUUUGCUGUUUAGCAAAACAUUGUAAAUUGUAGUAAAUAUUUAGCAACUCUCGAGCAUUUCGUUUGAUGUUUAUUUAUAAAUCUCUUAAAAAUAAAUUCAUCCUGUACUUG